UCAUGGCGGGCGCCGGGCCACCUGGGGGGCUUCACGCCGCCGCAGCGCCUGCUCCUCCGCCGCCGCCGUUGUUCAGCUGGGUCUCGGGAGCGUCGCUGUUGGUGUGCGCGGCCCUGCUCGGUCUCGCCGGGGUCCUGGGCUGGCGGCUGGGCCGGCGCAGCGGAACCUCCCGGGUGGAUUGCUGGGUCUUGUGCUGGCUCUGCUACGACGCGCUCGUCCACGGGUGUCUGGAAGGCCCAUUUGUUUAUCUCUCUCUGAUGGGAAGUGUUGCAAAAUCGGAUGAUAUAACUGCUUUGCUGUGGAAGGAAUAUGGCAAAGCAGAUGCAAGAUGGCUACAUUCUGAUCCCACUAUUGUCUCACUGGAAAUACUAACUGUUUUCUUGGAUGGUCUUUUAGCACUAAUUCUCAUCUAUGCAAUUCUCAAGCAGAAGCAUUACCGGCACUUCAUACAGAUUACAUUGUGUAUUUGUGAAUUAUAUGGAGGAUGGAUGACUUUUUGUCCGGAAUGGCUCACUGGAAACUCCAGUCUAAACACUAGCAACUGGCUUUAUCUCUGGGUCUAUUUGAUAUUUUUUAAUGGUGUAUGGGUAAUUAUCCCGGCAUCUCUAUUAAUACAGUCUUGGUUAACACUCAAGACGAUGCACCAGAAGCUGUUAAAUAGCAACAAAUCUAAAUAAUCAGGGCAUUGAAACUAAUCACCUGGAUGUAGGGAUUCACACUGGCCUCUUUCUAUUGACGCAAGCAUGGACGAGUGAGAUAUAAAGUGCCCUAGGGUCCUUUACCUUCCUUAAUCUCUUCAGACAGUGGCAUACUAGUAUGUAACACUAGGAUAUGUGGUAACAAUGUAUUUGAGAGCCAGUGUGAUGCAGGAGGGAGAAUGACAGAAGAGAUGGGUUCAGAUUUCCACUUGGCCAUUGAAACUCACAGGGGUGAGGGGCAGUGGUAGAAAAGCAACUCCUCAAGUAUACAGUGGUGCCUCGUAUAACGAGUGCCCCGUUUAACGACAAAUUCGCAUAGCGAUGGCAUUUUUGC